AUGCUCAAGAACCCUAACUGCGAAGCCAUGGAAGUGAACGAUAGGAAUAAGCGAGCAGAGAAAGAAGAAAUCGAAUCCGACGAAAAGAAGAUACAUAAGAAAGAAGACCGCGACGAUGACGACGACAACGACGACGAGAUGCUAUUCUAUGAAGUCGACGAGUUUGCGAUCCCAGGUUGGAUUGUGGAAGAAGAUUUGUGGGACAGGGAUGCUCCGAUGAUCGAUGGCGUUCAGGUUACAAACGGUGAUAGAAACUUCGAUAAGGUCGAACUUUGUCACAAUCCCAAGCAUGCGGCGCCGUGGGGGUACGCAUUUUUGAAUUGUUCAAGGCUGAAAUUGAAUGAAAAAAUCAGAAGCGAUCCCUUGAUUAAGGCCGAAUUUAUGGCGAGAUUGCAACAAUUGAUGACAAUGAUAUAUUUGUUAACGGCCAAAUCCACAACAGCAACAACCUGUUCCCAGGCGAAGGUAUUUGCAGUUCGGAUGCUUUGCUUCCCACUAUCUUAUGGCCCUUUGCAAGUCGGGCCCACCAUCAGGAGAUCACUGAUUGGUGAUCGAGAAUGCGAUCCUUUCCUAAUGGACGUGUAUUACAGCAUGUAUUACGGGGCGUGGGCCACUGUCAAUUUUCCGGUUUCAUCAUUGCCCGUCCUUGCAUAUUCUACUCGAGGAUUCGUUAAACGACGAGUGGAUGAUGAGGAAAAGAAGACAGUGGUGAUUCAGAGAGGUGACAAGGGUAUAGUGGGAAUUGAUGGAAACAUUAAGCUUACGAGGUCGAUGGUUGCUGUACCGUGUUAUUCCUCCCUUGUCAUUGGGGUUGUUCUGUACGAAGAAGAUGGUGGCAAGUGUAUUUGUCGUGGCAAGACUUUCUUUCCAGCAAAGAAAAGGGGGGAGGAAAGGAAGAUCAUUGUUUUUAAUGGUGUCCCCACACUCGAAGUUAGUGCCAAAUGGAGUUGCAGCAUUGACAAGAAACACUAUGAGUCGUUUUUUAAGGAAAUGCGUGAGCUUGGAAUUGUUGGGAGGGAUGGAGCACAGAGUAGUGGGACUUGA